GCUUUUGCUUUUGCUUUGCUGGAUUGUGUUGUGUUGUGUUGUGUUGAGUUUGUAUCCAUGUGGCAGCGAUGAUGAUGAUGAUAGGCAGGCAUCUCAAGCAUUGUAUUAUCAUCUAUGCUGUUUGUUACCCAAUUGUCAAUUGAUUGUUGUUGCGUUUUGUUUUUUGUUUUUGUUUCGUUUUAUUUCGGUGAUCCGUGCAGAUCACGCCUGGCUUUGCAAUCUACCCUAACCCACAAUUGAAUCCAAUUUUCUUAUUCUUCUUUGGUGCCAGUGUAGUGCGCUGGUGAUUUUGUAUCUUAGGUUUGAGAGUUGGAAAGCGAGAGUUAACAGGUAUUUGUGUUGGGGUGGCUACAAGAGAGGUCGUGACAGUGACGUAGAAGGAGAAGGAGGGGGACUGUAGUUUGUUUGUUUGUUUUUUGUGGGGUGGGUCGUUGGUGGAAUUGAUUUUGGGAGUAGAGAUGGGAGGAGAGCCGGAUGGCGCAGUAGCAGGUGCGGAUUCUAGUCAAGGAGGGAGCAGCAGCGACGUAGUAGUGGUGCAUGUGCGCUCCUCGAAUGGCAACAAGUUUACGGUAGAAGUGAAUUUGGGUGCCACCGUAUUGGCGUUGAAGGGCUUGUUGGUGGAGAAGUCUGAGAUUCCGGCGGACCAUCAGCGGUUGAUCUACAAGGGUCGGGUGCUCAAGGACGAGCAAACGCUCAGUAGCUAUGGUCUGCAAAGUGAUCAUACAGUUCAUUUAGUCAGAGGAGCACCAACAUCAUCCACAUCUGCUGGUGCCGACAGCCCCAGUCCGGCGCCUAACCCGACGUCCACGCCACAUCCAGCAAAUCCUUCAGGUUUAGGGUCCAUGCCAGGUUUAGGUGGCAUGGGAUUUUCUGGUUUAGGAUUGGGUUCAGAUGGUGGAGCUUCCCCGCCCUUUGGAAUGGGACCCUCAGAAUUUCAGCAGGUGCAGCAGCAGCUUAUGCAAAACCCCAACCUAAUGAGGGAGAUGAUGAAUGCACCUGCGGUUCAGAACCUAAUGAGUAACCCUGAACUAAUGCGAUUGCUAAUAAUGAGUAAUCCCCAAAUGAGGGAGAUCAUCGACAGGAAUCCAGAUUUGGCUCAUAUUCUGAAUGAUCCUGGCACACUUCGGCAGACUUUAGACGCUGCUCGGAAUCCUGAACUUAUGCGAGAAAUGAUGAGAAAUACAGAUCGGGCCAUGAGUAACAUCGAAGCUUCGCCCGAAGGAUUUAAUAUGCUGAGGCGCAUGUAUGAAACCGUUCAGGAGCCGCUCUUGAAUGCUGCAGCCAUGGGCGGAGAAGGUGCAAAUGACAUGGCAUCGAAUCCGUUUGCAGCCAUGAUGGAGAUGAAUGGGAAUGCACAGCGUCCAGCCCAGGCUCAAGGUGGAGCUUAUAGCACGGGUGCUGCGACAGCAGUACCGAAUACUGCUCCUCUGCCGAACCCCUGGGGUCCUACACCAGCUAGAGCAGGUCAGACACCAUCCGCUGUACCAGGUACAGGGGGAGGUAUCCCAGAUUUGGGCGGCCUCGCGGGACUUGGCCUUCAAGAUCUUGGGAUGAUGGGAGGUGCUGGAGGGCUUAUGGAUCCUGGUUUUAUGCAGCAGAUGCUUCAGAAUCCUCAAAUGCAGCAGAUGAUGCAAGGAAUUUUGUCCAAUCCUCAAUAUAUGAAUCAGAUAAUGAACAUGCAGCCUCAGCUACAGACAUUUCUGAACCAGAAUCCUCAAUUUAGGGACAUGAUGCAGAAUCCCGAUUUCAUUCGACAAAUGAGCAGUCCUGAGAACUUACAGCAACUGAUGCAACUUCAGCAAGCCAUGAUGGGUCAACAUGGACGACAAACUCCUGGCCAAAACGUUGGUCAAAAUCCAGCUGGGUUGGGUGGUUUGGCUGGAAUGGGCGGUGGAAUGAAUAUGGAUGCAUUACUCAAUAUGUUUGGAAGUCUUGGCAGCACCGCUCCUUCCAACCCUGAUGCGCCUCCUGAACAGAUGUACGCCUCGCAGCUGUCUCAGUUGCAAGAAAUGGGAUUUUUUGAUACUCAGGAGAAUAUUCGGGCACUUAGUGCUGUGGGUGGAAAUAUUCAUGCUGCUGUUGAGCGGCUUCUAGGCAAUCUCGGAUAGCCUUUUAGAUGAGGGCUGUUUAUAACAGAGUCCGGAUUUCAUUGGCUGGAUAUUGAAGAUUUCUGCUCUAGUGUCAGCUGAUUCUCUGUUAUGAAUUAUUUUCUCAGCUUUUAUCCUGGUAUAGGACUUCUGGUUUUCCUAUGGAACGUGGGAGUGAGAAAAAUACCACUGAUUUUGAGAGGUCUCGCGCAUGCUCAUGUCACCCUCUCCGUUUCCUGAGAGUUGGGUGUGUAUCUUAGUAGGAGAUAAAUGUCGCCUCACCGAUUGGAAUAUGUGUGAUGGCGGCAAGGAAGGUUUACACAUGUAAGAGGUUGUGUACAGUUCUCUAUUGUUACCCAGAUGUUCCGUUUACUCACCGAUGUAUGAAUUUUUGUAUGUAGCGGGCGCAUAUUAGAUUUUGAAACAUGUCUUAAAGUCUUCUGUGUUGCCAAGAGUAACCCCUGUGUUGGUGACAUCUCUGGUAUUAUACUUCAUAACGAUCAUGUCUGCCUGGCGUAGGUCAUUGUGCUUGUAAAGCAAGAUUGAAUUAGUGAAUAGGUUAUCUGGUGCUUUGCAUCGGAAAUGGUUCUGUGUUCACCUCAUAUGUCUCUGGUCUAAAAAGAGAUCUGUUAUUUUUCUGAACUUGGCUUAUAUUAAUAAAUUGCCCAAUUCGGGAACUCACUUUGAUGCUUCAA